CGGAAGUGCUUUCGUGUGAGCCGGAAGUGACGGAUGUGAGGGGUUAAAGCGGCAGAGAGCGACAGCGUUCUCACACUGCAGUGAUGGAGGUAACACGACAGAGUUUUAAAGACACCCUGCGUGUUAUUUACAGCGCUGUGGACGACGCAGACUUUCUGGCCAUCGAUGGAGAGUUUUCAGGUCUGAGUGACGGUCCGGCUGUCAGCAUGUUGACCAAUGGGAUGGACACACCAGAGGAGCGCUACAGCAAACUCAGGAAGCACUCUAUGGACUUCCUGCUCUUUCAGUUUGGCCUCUGCACCUUCAGAUAUGACCAGUCACGCGCCCAGUAUUUCACUAAAGCUUUUAACUUCUACAUUUUCCCCAAACCGUUCAGCAGAUCAUCACCUGAUAUUAAAUUCAUCUGCCAGAGCUCCAGUAUUGAAUUCCUGGCCAGUCAGGGGUUCGACUUCAACAAGGUGUUCCGUGAUGGGAUUCCGUACCUGAACCAGGAGGAGGAGUCUCAGUUAAGGGAGCAGUAUGAGGAGAGGAGGAGUCAAAACAAUGGGGUGGGGACUCCAUCCUACAUCUCACCCACUUCCUGUAAGGGACCGAUGAACAUUCCUGAGGAGCACAAAGACUUUAUCAACAGAGUCAUUGAAAAAGUGGAAGCGCUUCUGAACAACUCUGAGAAGACGGUGUCCUUGGAGCCGUGCUCUGGGUUUCAGAGAAAGCUCAUCUAUCAGACCCUGAACUGGAAGUUUCCCAAAGGACUUCAUAUUGAAACUGUGGAGAAUGACAAAAAGGAACGUUUUAUCCAGAUCAGUAAGGUGGAUGAAGAUGAGAGGAGGAGGAUUGAGCAGCAGAAACAUGAGCGGGAGCAGGAGGAACUGAAUGAUGCAGUGGGUUUUUCCAGAAUCAUACACGCCAUUUCUAAAUCUGGUAAACUGGUGGUUGGUCACAACAUGCUGCUGGAUGUCAUGCACACCAUCCACCAGUUCUACUGCCCCCUGCCCGAGGAGUUGGACGACUUCAAAGAGGUCACAAUGUGUGUGUUUCCCCGACUUUUGGAUACAAAGCUGAUGGCAUCUACACAGCCUUUCAAGGAGCUGAUUACAAACACGUCUCUGGCAGAGCUGGAGAAGCAGCUAAAGGAAAAGCCUUUUAAAGCACCUAAAGUUGAAUGUUCUGAGGGAUUUCAGAGUUAUGACACUGCGUCUGAGCAACUGCACGAAGCUGGCUAUGAUGCAUACAUCACCGGACUUUGCUUCAUCUCCAUGGCUAACUACCUAGGUUCAUUCCUCACACCCCCAAGAGCUCACAUCUCUGCUCGCUCCAAACUCAUCGAGCCUUUUUACAACAAGUUGUUCCUUAUGCGGGUAGCUGACAUUCCUUACAUGAACAUUAGUGGACCAGACUUGCAGCCGAAGCGGGACAACGUUCUGUACGUCACAUUCCCUAAAGAAUGGAAGACCAGUGACUUGUACCAGCUGUUCAGUGCCUUCGGAAACAUCCAGGUGUCUUGGGUGGACGAUACGUCAGCGUUCGUGUCCCUCAGCCAGCUGGAGCAGGUGCAGAUCGCGGUGAACACGAGUCAGUACGCAGAGAGUUAUCGCAUCCAGACGUAUGCAGAGUACAUGCAGGCCAAACAGAAGAAUACCCACACACACAGGAAGUGGGGAGAUGAUGGGUGGGCGGAGCCUCCUCCCUACCGUGGUGUUGCCAUGACUGCAGUUUCUGCAGUACAAGACAGGUGUACAGUGAGAGGGAAGAGGAGCAUCAGCCCCACUCAGGACACUCACAACUCCUUCACGACCGCUGAUGGCAACUGGAGUGACUACAGCAACACAAAGAGGAUAAAAAAAGAUGGUGCUUUGAGUGCCGACGACUCGUUCGCUGGUGCCGCAGGCUCCAAGACGACAGAUGACUGGCUCAGAACCGCGCCUAAAGGGGGCGCUGCUUCUCAAAGGCCAGAAACUGAAGCUCAGUCAGAAGACACAUGGCCUCAGUCCUCCACCAAUCAGAAUCAGGGGUCUCAGGCCACGUCGUCCGGCCUGUUUGACGUCCCUCAAGUUUGGUAGCAACAACCAAUCGGAGGUCUUUAUCUGAAAGAGGCUGAUCAUCCAAUUAGGGGCCUCCACUUGAGAACGCAGCUAGCCAACAGCCACUCAGGAGAGACUUAUUUAUACUGUCUCUUUGGAUUGGCUGUUAGGAGGGACUGCUUGCUCGACAGCCAAUAAGCAGGGAGUGAGACAACUCUCAAACAAACGAGCCAAUCAGAAGCCUCCAUCUAAGACUGCAGCUACAUAACAGCCAAUCAGCAGAGAGGCUACUGGAUCACACAAUCACAUGACCUGAAGCCAUAAACAUUCUUGGGGUAUUUCUCUCUUACACACACCGUUGUAGUGGGGUGUGUGUGUGUGUGUGAGAGAGAGAGCUGUGGCUGAUCCAAUUGUAGAAGAUUUAAAAAUGUGAUCAGAGAUUUUUAAACACUGUAAUUUUUUUUUUGUCUGAAUUUUUAAGUAUGUUUCCUGUGCAGACUGAUUAGCCCCUGCCCCUGCCCCCUACACCUACCCCCGCCCUUUUUAGCAUGCAUGCCCCAUCAAGCAGCUCUAUUUAUUCCCUCUGUGAGUCUGCAUGUUGUCUAUGUUGUUGUUGUCCGUCUCGUACAGCAGCCGCAGGAACGGGGAAAUAAAAAAAAAAGUCCCACGUUUGUCAGAAUCAGGCCAUGUAUCUGUUUUCUUUUGUAUGAUGACGUCCUCUUUCUGAGAGGGUAAAAGAAUUAAAGAAGGUUUCUUAUUA